AACUUUGGACCCAAGCAGAGCAGCCGAGGGACAGAAGCUCCACAGGAGGUGAGACUAAGGAACUCCACUGAAGUUUGAAUAUUUUUGUUGGACCGUAGCGGUUUUUGGUGGCAUCAUUCAACCAGGGAAAUGAUGCAGCAAUUCCCAGAUCAGGGGUGUGAUUGCUCAGAGCUGCUUGACUGGCUCUUUGAUAAGAACAGUGGGAUUCUCCGCCAUGAGGAAACUGGAAACCAUGGCAACAAUCAAAGCUGGCCAUUUCAGGGACCAAAUAUGCUGCAGCCGGCUGGGCAGGCAGACGAGGACUUCCUGAACGCCCUCCUGAGUGGAGGCGACUCUGUUGCCGCCUCCUCACCGCUGUGGUCGUCCCCCUCCCCCAGCGACAGUGGAAUCAGUGAGGACCCCCCGUCAGAUCAAAUGGACAGCCCUGCGCGCACAGACAGUCCCCCAGGGGAUACUCACUUCUGUGCAGCAAGACCACAAAGCAAACGAGACCUGGAGGCCCAAGUUCCUGCUGCCUUCAAUGGCUGGGAUUUCAGCUUCCCGAUGGGAAAAACCAGGACUCCGCAGCAUCCGCAGCAUCCCUCAGAAGUCCACAGUCCUCAGCUGUCCUCCGGCUUCCCGCUCACAGUCAAAGAUCUGCUGCUGUCUGGCAACGCAGAGCCCCCUCCCCAGCCGACGCAAAAGUCUGUCCAGGAGCUGAUCCUCAAUGAAGAUGAGAAGAAGCUCCUGGCAAAGGAGGGGGUCACUCUGUCCAGCCAGCUGCCCCUCACCAAGUAUGAAGAACGGGUCCUGAAGAAAAUACGCAGGAAGAUUCGGAACAAGCAGUCAGCCCAGGAGAGCAGGAAGAAGAAGAAGGAGUACAUCGAUGGGCUGGAGAACAGAAUGGCUGCUUGCUCUGCACACAACCAGGAGCUGCAGAGAAAAGUGUCGCAGCUGGAGAAAUGCAACAUAUCCUUGAUGGACCAGCUGCGCAGACUGCAGGCUCUGGUCAUGAGUUCAUCUAGCAAACCGGCCCAAACUGGGACAUGUGUGCUGGUGCUGCUGCUGUCAUUUUCUCUGAUUCUGUUCCCGAACCUCAGACCUUUCUCUGACUCCAAGGUCAGCGAUGGAGACUUCAGCCCCGUCAGAAUCCAGUCCCGGUCCCUGCAGAACCUUCAGGCCUCCCGGGUGCUGCAUGUGGUUGACUCCCGCUUCUCCUCAGAGGAAGAACCGGAUCUUCUGGGCCACCGGUUCCCUAAAGAGCGGGAAAUGGAGGAGAUUUCUGAACUGAUGAGGACUCUCAGAGUGAAGCAGGAACGCUCCGGUCUGGAGUCUCAGAACGUCAGUCAGGAAGAAAGCCAUUUCCAUGUCGACCCGAUCACAGGUCACGUGUCGUCUGUGACGCUGAACCCGCAGCGCUACGACCGUCUGCGGCCGCAUGCAGACGACAUGUGAGCCAGAUGAGAACCUGCUGGUCACACCAGGCGCAAGUUUAUUUUCAUCCUUCAACACCAGUUUUUUUAUGAGAAAAAGGAUUUUACUCUUUAUUGACGUUUCCUGUUGACAAUAGCUGCAUGUUCUUUGCCUCCAUUUGAUAAAGUUUACUCUGUGCCUGAAAUAAUCAAUUACAAUAUUGAUAACAAUGAAGCUGUGAUGGUUUGUUCAAUUUGAUUGAAAUCAGAUCAAUUGUUUUGAUUCUGUUUUUGGAAGCUUGUUUAUCCCGAAGAACUGAUUCCAACCCAACCUGUUGUGUUUCUGAACCUAAAUAAAGGAGAUUUAUCGUCUGACAGUUCUUCCAGAG